CCCGCCCUGCAUUCCUUCUUCCUCCUUUCCGCAUGUGCUACAAUCUGUAUGUAAUCUCCAUUGAAUUUUCCGUAUUAUAUUACAGAAUAAUAAGUUGUACUCCCAAUUAUCAAGAAUCUUUCAUGUAAUAGGAAAUUAACCACCAUUACUUCUCAUAUUCUCAAAUCAACCCCCAAAACUAUUCGAUCCUCUCUGUGAGUGUGAGAUGCUCCCUUUUUCCUCCGCUGCUCAAUUGCGAUGCUCCUCUACUUAGCUUUCGCCCUAUAAUCAUAGCCUUCAUUGCGCGUUGGAUUCAGCACAUUGAAAGUGUAAAGAGGGAAAAAUGGGAAUAGUUUUUACGCGGCUGUUUUCGUCGUUGUUCGGGAACAAGGAAGCUCGGAUCCUCGUUCUGGGGCUUGACAAUGCUGGAAAAACCACCAUUCUUUAUCGACUUCAGAUGGGUGAAGUAGUCUCCACUAUUCCAACAAUCGGGUUCAAUGUGGAAACGGUGCAAUAUAACAACAUAAAGUUUCAAGUUUGGGAUCUAGGUGGACAGACUAGUAUCAGGCCAUACUGGAGGUGCUACUUUCCCAAUACUCAAGCUAUAAUAUAUGUUGUUGAUUCAAGCGAUACUGACAGGCUGGUGGUUGCCAAAGAAGAAUUUCAUGCAAUAUUGGAGGAGGAAGAGCUGAAAGGUGCUGUUGUCCUCUUAUUUGCAAACAAACAGGAUCUUCCUGGGGCGCUCGAUGAUGCUGCGAUAACUGAGGCCUUAGAGUUGCACAAGAUCAAGAACCGCCAAUGGGCGAUUUUUAAAACUUCUGCAAUAAAAGGAGAAGGCCUGUUUGAGGGCUUGGACUGGUUGAGUAAUACACUUAAAGCUGGAGGUGGUUAGAUUUGGCCAAGAAUCAGAAUCAGAUGAUUGUUGUGAUUGAGUCAAAUGCUGAUCUCUAAGAAAAAGUCUGACGAUUACUGGUUAUGGUUUGUCUUUGAGUAGUAUUUUAGGAGAUUCCCUUGUUACAUUUUUCUGGAACAGACGAGUGGAUAUAAAAUUACAUUUUCAAAGUUUACCAACAUUACUAAUAUCUUAUUUUUACGGUGAUGUUUCCUUUCAUACAUUUAUUCAUUGGAAAUACAAUGAAAUUAUAUCUUCCCUGCA